UGUGACGUCAUUCUCCAGACAUUACGUGUUUUAUGUAGUCGUGGGAGGGACUUGCUCUAGGAAAAAAUAGAACUUUUGUAGAGGAAACUUUCGGACUAACAUUCUUUUUAAACGGUGACACUAUUUCAUAGAAUAAGAAAAUGACCAAAACUUUCAAUUUUUAUUUUAUUUCAAUUAUCAUUGUGUUGGUGACCAAAAAGUCAGAGGGUGGUACAAUCUGUGGAAAAUUCAGCGUCAGUUCACUGUGUGCAACGACCACAACUACUACAACAGAGCCAGCGAUUGACAGCGAAUACUGUCUGCUAGCAUGUGAACAAGGCAAUGACGAUGUUUUCAGUUCUUUCUGUAACUGCGCAAUCACAACCACACCAGAGCCUACAACCACAACCACCACACCAACCACACCAACCACAACGACUACAACUACGACAACUACCACAACUACAACAACUACCACUACACCACGUCCAGAGAGUUGUUACUACACAAGGUCUAGACCAGCCAAACUUCAGUCUGUAGUCAAGAGAAUGUACUCUGCCACACCAAUAGCCAAGGAAUGUGAGUACCCUGGAAUUGUUGGUAUCUACAACGGCACAUCUGGGAAGUAUUUGUGUAUUGGCGUUUUACUAGAGGAGUCAAAAAUUUUGUUUGACACUCUGUGUAAGAGUCUUGUUGGCAGCGCCUACACGCCAAACUAUGUCGUUGUGCAGUCUUAUCAGAAGCCUACAGUAUUUACAGACUUACCCUCGGUUGUAGCAUCAACGGCUAAACUGUUGGAUCCAACUGGACUAAACGCUAAAGUCUUCACUGCAUCUCUAAACAAACCUGUGCUCUUCAACAACGCCUGUGUCCAGCCAGCUUGUUUUCCGAAUGCAAACCUUCCACUGUCAGACGUUGAUUUAACUGACUGCAGGAUAACUGGCUACGGUGAUACUACAGAUACACUUGGAUCUUCAAGCUCCACACUUGUAGAGGUCAAGGUCAAAGUAGAUCCAGCCACUGUAGCUUCAGGCAACUUAAAAUAUACCAGAAAUGACGGCCUGAGUUCCAAGACAGGUCCAUGUUUUAAUGACCAAGGCGCUCCGUUAAUAUGUAACCACUUGGUGACCGGAGAGUGGGUGACCAUUGGUACCGUAUCGACAAUUGGUUUAAAGUGCAGCCUAGGAACUAGCACAGCGGCUGCUAUUUACAGUCUACUGAAAGAAUCGACCACUCACAAUUUAUAUAACGGACUACAAACCUUUAAAUAUACUGUACCUGUUUGAAGAUAAAGAUAAAUUAAACAUUAGAGAAAGCCAAAUUUA